AUGGCUGAAUCCCACAGACUAUACGUGAAAGGCAAGCACGUCUCAUACCAGAGAUCUAAGUCUGUCACCAAGCCAAAGUGCUCUUUGAUCAAGAUCGAGGGUGUCAGCAACAAAGAUGACGCUAAGUUCUACUUGGGAAAGAAGAUUGCAUACGUUUACAGAGCACCAAAGGCCGUCAGAGGUACUAAGAUCAGAUGCAUCUGGGGUAAGGUUACCAGAGUUCACGGUAACUCGGGUAUAGUCAGAGCUCACUUCAAGCACAACUUGCCACCAAAGACUUUCGGCGCUUCUGUUAGAAUCAUGCUUUACCCAUCCAACAUCUAA